ACCGACAAUCAUGGCGCCCCGUUCCUACUCGAAGACGUACAGCGUCCCCCGUCGUCCUUUCGAGUCCGCUCGUCUGGAUACUGAGCUGAAGCUCGUUGGCGAAUAUGGUCUCCGCAACAAGCGCGAGGUCUGGAGGGUCCAGUUGACUCUGUCCAAGAUCCGUCGUGCUGCCCGUUCGCUGCUCACGCUCGACGAGAAGGACCCCAAGCGCCUCUUCGAGGGUAACGCCCUCAUUCGCCGUCUCGUCCGUGUCGGUGUCCUCGACGAGUCCCGCAUGAAGCUCGAUUACGUGCUGGCUCUCAAGAUUGAGGAUUUCUUGGAGCGUCGUCUCCAGACCUGCGUCUACAAGCUCGGCCUUGCCAAGUCCAUCCACCACGCCCGUGUUCUCAUCCGCCAAAGGCACAUCCGCGUCGGCAAGCAGAUCGUCAACGUCCCCUCCUUCGUUGUCCGUCUCGACUCCCAGAAGCACAUCGACUUCGCUCUGACCUCGCCGUUCGGUGGUGGCCGCCCUGGCCGUGUCCGAAGGAAGAAGGCUAAGGCCGCCGAGAAGGGUGGUGAGGAUGGUGGUGAUGAGGAGGAGGAGUAAAUCAUGCGCCAAGGGACUCAAAAUAUCAUGGAAUAUUGGGUUAGGUCAUGACGGCAUGAACGGUUCGGGCAGCCCUCCAGUCUGGGCUUCAUCAUAUCCAACUUCGUGGUGUUCGGUUCGUGGACGGUCUGCAUAUAUCCCGUGUAGCUCCAAUCCACCCAAAAUUUACACAUGACCAUGCCCGUUACCCACCUAACUGGCCUGUGCCGCGUCAAAUGGUCCAGUGCCGCAACAAUAAGAGAUGACGAUCCAAAGUUCAUGUUAUCCAAAUAUC